UUUUGUGGAACAUUUCUGAGAUCUUUUAUUUCCGCUCAUAAAACAUGGAACCAACACUUUACAUGUUGCAUUCAUAUUUAGUCAUCAUGCUAGAAUUUAGCAACAUAACAAAAUGUUGCUAGACUGCGGCACGGUAAACAUUGGGUACAUUACGGUAAUCAUACAGCCAAUCACGCAGAGAGAAGCUGUCAAUCUGCCCUUCUAAAAAUGGCGUUGUCCUGUGCGGCGGUGUGCCGCCGUUUCUUUGUGGAUUUGUACGGAAUCAGAACUAAUAGGGUUACAGUUAUAUACUCCUCUUUCACGGCCACCUCUGGAGCAAGACUGCCCUUGUACAGACACUACUCAUCCCCCAAAUCCAGGCUAGGGAUUGGCCUGCAAAUUGUGUCGAGGCUGCAAGGGGCCAAUGCCAAAUAUGAACAAUUCCUUCAAAGAUAUUUUCCUCGUUUUUAUGUUCUCUAUCACACUUUCACGAAAGGUAUUCAACUCCUUUUGCAAGAUGCCAAAGAGGUGACAGUGAUAAAAACAAGGAUGCGCACCAACAGUGUCGAAGUCCAGGACUUACCCUAUCGUGAUAUGGAGAAACUCAGGCAGUUUCGCAGAGACAUGAUCAAAGCCAUUCCGCUGCUGUUAAUUUCUAUUCCUCCAUUUGCCAACUACUUGGUUUUUGUCCUAAUGUACCUUUUCCCCCGCCAGCUCCUGAUCCGCCACUUCUGGACCCCCCAGCAGCAGACUGAGUUCCAGGGAUUGAACCAUUCCCACAGGGCCCAGCACCACUGGGCUGUGCUGAAGGGGCUUGAGAGUGCAGGUUCACAUGUCAAAGAUGGCCGCCUAAAGAUCAGCCUACUAGACCUCUGCAGCAAGGUGCAAAGUGGGGUACACCCUAACAUAUCUGACAUCCAGGCGAUUCGAGGCUUGUUUUCUGGAGCUCCCCUGAGUAUCAAAAGAAUAAAUGCAAAUCAGAUGAGGCAACUCUGUCCCCUGUUCUUCCUGACUCCCCGCCUCCCAACUCCCAUGAUUGGCACUCGACUGAACAGCCACGCCAUAGAGCUGCUACAGCUGGACCGUGCUCUCAGCAGACAUGGCCUGCACCAGUUGGAUGACUCUGAGCUGAGACAGGCCUGCUAUGUCAGGGGGCUUGAUUCUGGCAGUCUCAGCAUCAACCAGUGUCAGGAAUGGCUUUCACAGUGGCUCCAGUUCUCCUCUCACCUGAAAGGGUCAGAGGUGUCCCUGCUUGUGCACAGUAUGGUCUUGCUCUCUGCCAACUACCCAAAGCCCUCCCACCAUUGACAGGAAGGAACAAGGAGUGAUCUGCCACUUCCAUUAAUUCAGCCAUCUCUCACCAUGCUGGGCAGGGUAACUUUUCCAUGGGGUGCCAACAGAAGAGAUGCUAAGCUUUACAACUUGCUUUUAGAAGGACAAAGUGAUUACUUGUGGAUGUGGUGAAGGAAAUGUGAUUACAUAGCAACUGUUGCAAUAUCUUGAACUAGUCAAUGUUUUCAGGCUCAAUCAAAUCAGUUGUCAAGUGCACAGGAUACAGCAGGUGUAAAUGGUACAGGGAAACACUUACUCGCAAUCUCUGCUCAAGUGCAGUACUCAGCCUCGAAUGUCAUUUUGUUUACUUGUAAAGCUGAUGUUUUGACAUAAGAUGUGGAGCAUGGGGGGGGGGGGGGGGGGGGGGUCAAUCUUAUGUUAAGCUAACCAUAUUAACAGGUUACAUUUUGAAAAAUAGAUUGCAGACAUUCCAACCCACACCUACUACAUAGCCUUCUGAGAGCAUAUGGUGUCAUUUUACUGGCCAUAGUACUGUACCAGCAUAACCCCCUCUAAGUAUGCUUUUUAGAUUGGGGAAGAGCAACUUUGAGAGUCAAGUAGAUAGAAUGUUGUUACAUGCAGUAAGGUGACACGAUCUCAAGACACUGGGGAAUGCCAUUCAGCAGAUGCUUUAAUCAAAAGCGAUUUAGUCAUGUGGUCCUGGGAAUUUAACCCGCUAUAAAAGGACACUGCAAUUCAACAGGCCUUUAACAUGUUUCAGUUGUGACAGCACUCUUUACUUGAUCAGGAAUGCAUUUAAUUUAGGUGAAACCUUUCUACCAACAGUCGAGUAAUUGCACAGCUACAGUGCUGUUAAUGUUUCUUUACCUGGAAAUACCCUCAUGUGCCUUGCUGCAAUCAAAUUGAAAUGGGGUGGUUCGAAGUUGCCAAUAAGGUUCUCAUACCAAAUAUGCAAACUAAUGUUCUUACUCUACUUGUUCAAUUCCUUUAGAUUGUUUUGAAAUCAGUUCUGGUGUGAUUGGUGUCAAAUAAAAUGUACUAUCUGAAAUACUUA